GCAUGGUUGUGCAAUACAAGAGGUUCGCGUGUUACAUGAGGGAAAUUCAAAACAAAGACAAGUACUUCCACGUGAGAGAGUCGAAUAAUUGCCAAUAGUUGCAUUCGCAGUGUGUGUCGUCAGACAGGUGGGGACCGAACGAUCGAUCAACUGCUGAUUCAUCUAGUUUUCAUCGGCGUCUCUCGCGUCUAAUUGGCCCAACAUCUAACUACAACCUCUGCGACAAACUAAUGGAAUACUGCGCAGAUAGAUUAAUAGAUAGGUAAACAAAUACGACGUUAAUCCGACCAUGGAUCUACCAGAAACUGACAACGCCGAAGAUGACUCUGACGAAUUAUUCUCAGAUGACGAACAAAAGGAGAUUAGUCAUAGAUCCAACGUCUGCGAGGAUACCUCAGUUUUAAGUCGGUCUGAGACACCUUUGUCGUUACUUGGUUACAGUCCUAGCACGAUAAUGCCAACUGAUGCUGUAAUUCCAUCUACACCGUUGAGUCUGUUGCCAUUUUUAAAUAAAAUAAAUGAACAGUGGAGUAGUGACUUAGAGACCCCACAAGCUCAGCCUCAUACGAUAUCAAUCAUUAGCACAACAACAGAAGAAAUACCUAGAAGUGAACAACGUACACCCGACGUUUCAAGUGUUAAAAGCGUAGAAAAAAUUAUUUCUGAUUCUCCUGUUAUUGCCUCUAGAGCGUCGCGGAGACGUUCAAAGCGUCGUAUAUUUAGAUCUUCUAUAUCUAUAGACCCAUUGGCUGUAACUGACAAUGAAGAUAUUACUGCAAAUGUACAAGUAGAAACACCUGUUAUUUCUGACGUUGUUAAUUCUGUAGCACAAGAUGACACUACAAAUGCAAUAUCCACUUCGUCUCUUGAGACUGUUCUUAAAGAUGACGAGCCAAAAGUUGUCAGUAAAAGUCAAGACACAUGUAAUAAUGAGGAAUCAAAAAAUGUUACAAACGAUGUACCUGAUAGUUUAAACACAUCCACGCUAGAGUUCUUUAGCAAUGUCUCAUUUAGUAAGAUAGAUGAGUUAUGUUUGGACACUUUUAAUAAUCAAAAAACAAUGGAAACUACUGUCACACAAUGUAACUACAAACAGAACGUCGACAAGGGAAGGAAUAUUGAGAAUGAAAAUAUAGGUUUUGUUACUGCUCGUGGUACUUCAAUUAAUGUAUCAAAGGAAGCGUUGUUUAAAGCGAAGAGACUGUUCGCAGAUAUAGAUGAAUCCGCCUUUGAUAUGGAUGAAAUGCAGACGCAGAAUUAUGAACCACCCGCUAAAAGAAAUAAAUCUAAUGAAGAGAAAGAUAGGCAUUUACCAUCCUCUUCAUUCGUUAAUAACGUUUCCGUCAACAUUGCGGAAGAAACAUUACCCAAAUUGAAACCGCUUAUAAAACAAUUGAAAAAUUAUGACAAUGUGCACACUGCUGAUUGUAAAAAACCACUUGUAAGUAAAAGUUCUAGUGAAGAAGUCAUUGAAGCUCCUAUUUUUUUAUCAACUGCUAGUGGCAAACCUAUUAACAUAUCAAAAAAAGCGUUGUUAAAAGCAAAAGCGUUAUUAGCAGAUGAUUUACCAUCCUCUUCAUUCGUUAAUAACGUUUCCGUCAACAUUGCGAAAGAAGUAUUACCCAAACCGAAACCGCUUAUAGAACAAUUGAAAAAUUAUGACAAUGUGCACACUGCUGAUCGUAAAAAACCACUUGUAAGUAAAAGUUCUAGUGAAGAAGUCAUUGAAGCUCCUAUUUUUUUAUCAACUGCUAGUGGCAAACCUAUUAACAUAUCAAAGAAAACGUUGUUAAAAGAAAAAGCGUUAUUAGCAGAUUUACCAUCCUCUUCAUUCGUUAAUAAUGUUUCCGUGAACAUUGCAAAAGAAGUAUUACCCAAACCGAAACCGUUUAUAGAACAAUUGAAAAAUUAUGACAAUGUGCACACUGCUGAUUGUAAAAAACCACUUGUAAGUAAAAGUUCUAGUGAAGAAGUUAUUGAAGCUCCUACUUUUUUAUCAACUGCUAGUGGCAAUCCUAUUAACAUAUCAAAGAAAGCGUUGUUAAAAACAAAAACGUUAUUAGCAGAUGAAUCACACAAUAUUGAUGACAAUGAAUUAGUAAAAUAUUAUGAGAGAUCUACCGAUAAAAAAUCUACACCAAUAAAAAUUAAAACCCUACCAUCAUUUACUUGUGGUAAAUCUAUCUCAGGAGAAUCACCGAUCAAGGCAAGAACAUUGUUCGCGGAACAUUUGGAUGAUACAGUAGAAGUAGUCGUUGCAGGGGAAACCAAUGCUGAUAAUAAAGAAACGAAUGGAUUAGAGAUAAAAAUGUCAAAUAUUAAAUUUAAAUCUCCUGGUAGCGCCGUUGGUAUUUCUGAACACAUAUCAAAAGCAAAAAUAUUCGAUAAACGAUUGGAUAAUCAAGUGGAACCAGUAAUUGCAAACAAAGUUAAUAAAAUCAACGAAGUAGAAAACAUGCAAGAGGUAAAAAUUCCAAGUAUUGGAUUUCAAACCGCUGGUGGAACAUACAUUAAAAUCUCAGAACGAGCGUUAUCCAGAGCAAAAGCGUUAUUUGCGGAUGAAUUAGAUUGCUCUUUAGAAAUGGAUAUUGUUAAAAAUAGUGAUCGCGAUGAAGAAAAGAUUAAAAAACGCGACUUGGCAAUUCCAUAUGGUGGAUUGCAAACUGUAAGCAGUCAAGAGGUACCGGUUUCGAACAAUGCUGCAUUAACAACACGAGAAUUAUUCUCCAACGACUGCCUGGAUGAAAGUAAUCCUGACUUGGGGCGCGCAUCGUUGCAAAAGCGCAAACUAAGCGAGACUAAUGUAGACGGGAGCACACCGCAGGGCAGGAAUUACACGUCCGAAACGAAAAGGACUCGUCUCAGCAGCGAAUUUCAAGCAAGAAAAUUGUUUUCCGAUAAUACGAGUACUAGGACGGAUAACGACGAAAAUCGAGAUCCUGAUAAAAAAAAGCAAACCUCUUCCGUUGUAGAGUCCAUCUCGGAAUUGCCUAAAACGGACUCGAUAGAAUCAACAGAAUCGGAAACAGCGGGCAGUCCUAUUAUAGGAAGGCAGUCCAGUUUGAGGAAGCGAAAGAGUUUAGGAUAUCAAAGGGACGAAUCUAAUGCAUCGCGAGCAGAUAACAAGAUGCUAGAUAACGAGAAUGCAGCGUUGCAAGAGAACGUUGUGCAAGGAAGCGCAACUUGUGGAAAGAUUGAGGACGAUAAAUUAAAUACGGAGGAAUCAACGCAAGCCGCGCAGGAAAAAGCAAAAGGCAAUAGCGCGGGAUUGAGUGAGUACGGCGAUACUCAAAUGAUGAUGGAUUUUAUUGAUCAAUCAACGAAGGUUCUACAGGAUCGCUUAGCAGCUGCGUUAGAACAGGAGGCGAUAAUCACCGCGAAAAGGAGACGAGCGCAAUCGGAAGGAUCAAAGCAAUCGAUGGGUCACCUGUACCGUUACAAGCAGAUUAAUUCUAACGCUCGUUUGUCGAUGAGGCAGAUUGGCGGUGGCGUGCCGCCCAUGCCGUGUUCCUAUCAGGAGCUUAUCGAUCGACGGAUAUCACCGAGAAUCCUGGAGAUCACCGCUGCGACCGCCGCGACGUACAAAUUCUGUUGCUCCGACUUUUAUGGGGACGACGUGGCACAUAGAAAUGUUCGCGGGAUAGAAAUGGAGGACGGUGUACGUUUAAUCCUGGAUGAGAAUGGAUACGCGGGAGUCUGGGAGUUCCUCCGCGCAUUUCUUGCCAGUCCGGGUGUAGAUCCGAAUCUCGUUCCCGCACGCUGGGUCGAGAAUCAUUACCGAUGGAUCGUGUGGAAAUUAGCGUCGAUGGACCGAAUGAAGUUCGGCUCAGUCAAGUUACCCAGGGCAUUAACACCUUCAUACGUUAUGGCACAAUUAAAGUAUCGGUACGAUCGAGAGAUCGACCGGUCUCAGCGACCGGCAAUAAGACGCAUUUUGGAAAAGGACAACGUUCCAUCUAAAAGAAUGACUUUAUGCGUGUCAUCUAUAAUAGAAAAUAAUAACGUAAGUAUGGAAAUAGGGAAGAGUCCGCGCAUAGGAGUGCCAAAAUGGAAAAUAGAAUUAACUGAUGGCUGGUACAGUACAAAUGCCUGUAUCGAUAUAGGCAUGGUGAAGAACAUAUCAACUGGUAAAAUAAGAGAGGGCACGAAAUUGCUGUUGUCCGGCGCGGAAUUACUCAACUGCGACCAAGGUUUCUAUCCACUCGAGGCACCGGCUGACGUAUGCUUGAAAUUGCACACGAAUUCAACCAGGCGCGCACGAUGGGACACGAAAUUAGGAUACGCGCCGCGUUCGGGGCCGAUACCCAUCAAGUUACGUAACGUGUGUCCGAGCGGCGGUUUAAUCGGCAAAAUGACGAUUGUCGUCGCUAGAGUGUAUCCGAUGUUAUAUCACGAGAAAACCGCAUCCGGAGAUUCGAUUGUCAGAAACGCUAAAAGCGAAGAGAAAGCGCAAAAUAAAUACGAGCAGCAAUGUUGGUCCAAGAUAGAGUCGUUCUACGCUCAAGCGGAGGACUUUCAAGGAAAAGGACUUUCUGGCGAAACUGAUGAUAUGGCGAUCCAACUGAGCGAAGAUUACGAAAACUUGUCUACGGAGGAAUCCAUCUCUAAGAAACGACAUGAUGAAUUGCUGCAAGAGUUACGUCAGAAGGAGGAACGGUUCAAACAGAGGAUGCAGUCAAAAUUGCGCGAGAGCUUGCCGGGGCCGCGACAGGUUUCUCAGUUGCUCAAAGUUCGCGUGUGUGACGAAAAUGCGAAUGCUAUUCUCUCAGUUUGGUCGCCUAGCGAGGAGGUUGUCGACGCUCUCAAAGAAGGCGCGUGUGUUUCGCUCUGCAACAUCGUGGCUUCCGGAAAGAGGGGUACCGAAUUGCAACUCACCGCGCGUCGGUCUGCAAUUUUUAAACCGGGAAAGAUGCGCGAUGCGUCUUAUCCCGCUAGAGUGUGCACAUCGCUAAACGAAAUAGCAAAUUCCGAGUUCGUUCCACCUUAUGGAGAGUUUGAUACGGUCGGUUUUGUCUGUUCAGUCGGUCCUGCUCCUUACGGUAUGAGAGACUUUGAUGCUGUACAUUUGGCAUAUUGUAAAGCGGGUUCGAGUGAAUCUUCAUACCUUUCAAUAUUGUUUUGGCAAGGAAUAGCCAGUUAUGGUUAUACAGAGAUUCUUACUGUCGGAUCUAUCGUAGCUUGCAGCAAUUUAGAAUGGCGGAGGGCAACUUCAUGGAAUGUUCCAGCGGCGUAUUGCACGGAUAGAAGUAUUUUUACGCGCAAUCCUCGCCGAAAUCAUUUAUACGAAUCCUUCGAAAAUCUGCGAAACCUGAUCAUGGAUCCAAUUAAGUACACUGAAAGCUGUACUUUCGAGCUUAACGUGGAAUUGCAAAAGAAAUCGACGCCUAUGCGCUACUCGGUGAGUAAAAAUACUCCGAUUAGAAUGUACAGUUCGACGUCAAGCGCCAACAAAAAAUUGGUCGACUAUACGUCGCCGCUGGCGACGCCGAAAUUGGGAGUGGACAACCGUUCGAGUUUUAUCCCAUCUAAUCCCUCGAUUAAGAAACGACUCGAGAAACUCCAACAAUACGGCGAGCCGCCUCAACUAUCUCCUAUUAUACUAAGAAACUCAAAGAGGAUAUCUUUGGAUUUUCGACCUAUCCUUCCCAUUUCAGACGUAAACUCGACAAAGGAGACAACGAAUGCUAAUCAAUCCGAGGAAUUAAAAUCCAGUACCUUGGAAAAGCAUUCAUAAUUAUUUUACAUUAUGUUUGUUCG